CUUCUUCAUUCAUUCGCUCAUUCUUUUUCAUUCGUUCAUUCGUUCAUUCAUUCAUUCGUUCAUUCCUCAUCCACACAGCCUUUCCUUCCAACUCGACUCAAUCACUCUUCCUAUCCUCUAUCCACUGUCCACAAAGACCGCCUCUUUUCCCACCACGUAUCGCCUUUUGCUUGUCUCGAGAUCAACCAGUGCCGCCAUGCAGGGCAUAGGACACGACCUCCGCAGAGGUCUCAACAACAUCAAUCCUCUCGGCAACAACUACAAGACUAUGAACAAAUGGCUCGCUGAAAUGAAGAACAUUGACUCCUCGCUCAAGACUCUGGACAAGGAAAUCUCUGCAGACGCAAAGCUGAUUGCGGCAUGGGGUGCGACCGAGGGCGACGACCUGGCAGAUGUCUGCCAACGCAUGUCCCAGCUGAUGGAGGAAGUGGGACUCAUUCAACAAGCCUUCUCAUUGCGGCACACAUCUUAUCGCAAGUCCAUCAAAACCUUGAAGACACAGGAAAUGACUCUAGAAGACAACCGAAAAAAGAAGCAUGAUCUUACCACGCAGAUCGCAAAACUUCAAAAAUCCAGCAAAGAGAACCCAAUCAAGAUGAUGGAACUGCAGGUUGCACUCGAAAGAGUAACAGCGGAGCUACUAAGUCAAGAACUGGAGCUGAUGCAGUUCAAGCGGGUGACCAUCAAGGAAGCCUUUGACGCCAAAUUCGAUGCUAUGCUCGAGUAUGCGGAAAAAAUGGCGCUCAUUGCAGGAUAUGGACGAGCCAUCACCUUCGUCAUCGACACUGAGACUCAAGUUGCCGACAGGAUGAGGAUUUACAAUGGAGCCGACUAUACAGCUGCAGCCGUCAAUAAGGUCAAAGCCGAGGUUACCAAUUGGCAACCGCAGCCGGUCAAUGCGCCGGUCCGAUCCCACAUCGCACCCUCUCAGGAUGAGUUGGCCCUCGCUGCUGCUGCUGCUGCCUACAUCAGCAAGACUCCGCCUAUGACUCACACCUAUGCCGCCAACGACGGAUACUCGAGUGGCCAUAACGAAGGACUUGAUUACACAUCCGACAUUGGGCAGUCAAGUCCUCAGGAACACAGUGCAUCCGAUCAACACAUUACACCACUAAAGCCCUCUCAUGAAGAGCAAGUGAGCCGCAUUCAGGAACAGCAACGCCAACUCGAGCUCGAACAACAACGACUGUAUCAGCAGAAUAUGGCCUCCUAUUCACCUGAAAGAUCGCCCUCUCAGCAACUUUAUCAAGAUGCGGCCAGCAGUAGCGUUGGGAACGGUGGGUACACGGCCAACACUCUUCACCAUAACGACAUUCAGGAAAUGAACCCACCAACGCUCCCAGUCUACGAAUCGGCUUCGAGCCCACCAUCAGGAUACAACGGAUACGGCCAACCCCAGUAUGGAAUGUACGACACAUCCACAUAUCAAGGCGCUCCCGCACGCAACUAUCGUCUUGGGUUCGUAGACCCGCGCGAGCGCAGCCAGAUGGAGCAUGCAGAGAGAUACAGGACCGACUUUCAUCAGAACGGCCCUGGGCCCUCGCUUCCUCCGCUUCAAUUUUCGGAAAGCCCCAUUCUUCAUGAAAAACAGUAAUAGUCCAUCGCUCUUUUUCACUUCGCCCUCGACUGUAACGCAGAGGCGAAGGCUGUAUUCUAGCUUUAUUUUUGAAAACUAUAAGACAUUGGCAGCGUUGAGUGUUUUAACGAUUCCGGUCUCAAUUUGAACCAACAGGCACCGCACAGUGCUUCGCCGUUCAAACUCAUAGAGCUGGUCUAUUUUUCCAAAAUAAAAUAAAUAAAAUAAAAGUAAUCAUCC